UAAUGGAUGAUCAGAUAUCCACUCAGGAUCACGGUAUUUACAACAUGAGACCCAGGAGGACAAGCUGAAGAGGGAGGCAUCAGCUGGUCAGCUUGAGUUGAAGAUGGAAAAAGAAUUAAAAGAGAAAUUAAGACAGGAGAUGAUGAAACAACUAGAGGAGAAACUGGUUGAUAUGACCCAAGAAGUGAAAGAGAAAGACACACAACUGGAUGAUAUGACCCAAGAAGUGAGAGAGAAAGAGAGACUCCUGGAGGAGAAGAACCAGAUAAUGGAACAGAGGGAGAAACUAUUAGAAGAGAAAGAAAACCAACUGGAAGAGAUAGACAAGCAACUAAAGGAAAGAGACAUUCAACUAGAGGCUCUGAGAAAGAACCUGCAGGACAAGAACAGCCAAGUAGAGAACUUCAGAGUCCUACUGCAGGAAAAAGACCUUCAACUAGAGGACAGAAACCACAAGGACAGACUACUGGAAGAGAGAGACAGACGACUGGAAGAGAAAGAGGACCAACUAAAGGAAAAAAGACCUUCAACUUGAAGACAGGAACCACAGACUGGGAGAGAAGGACAGACUACUGGAAGAGAAAGACAAACAACUGGAAGAGAGAGACAGACGACUGGACGAGAGCGACAAACUACUGGAGGGAAAAGAAAAUGAACUGAAAGAGAGGAGACAGGAAGUAGAAGAGAGGAGACAGGAAGUAGAAGAGAGGAGACAGGAAGUAGAAGAGAGGAGACAGGAAGUAGAAGAGAAAGACAACCUACUAGAGGAGAGAGAGAACCAGUUAAAGGAGAGAGACAAACAAGUGGAGGAUGUCAACAAUGAAAAUGCUGAACUGGCUCAACAGAUAUGUGAUGUGAAGACUGAGGUAGAGAGACUGAGAAGAGAGAUCUCAGCCCAGAUGACUGAACAUGGAGAGAUGGCAGAUACAGGUUCCAUACUCCCAGUCAGGAGGAGAAACAGCCUGGAGGAUCCUCCACUUAUGGGAGGAGAGUCCUCAGAUACAGACCCUACACUUCCACUGAGGAGGAGAAACAGCAUGGAGUUAAAUCCUCCACAUAUGGGAGGAGAGAGCAGCACUCCAGACUCCCCAGUGUCUCCCAGUGUGUCUGAGCUGAGACUGGUGCUGCUGGGGAGGACUGGGGCUGGGAGGAGUGCAGCAGGAAACACCAUCCUGGGCAGAGAGGAGUUUGGGGCCCAGGCCAGCCCCUCUGCAGUGACCCAGAGGAGUAAGAGGAGAGAGGGGGACGUGUGUGGGAGACGGCUGGUGCUGGUGGACACUCCAGACUGGUUCUGUCCUGGACAGGAUGUGGGGCACUGUGUCCGUCUGUCUGCCCCGGGACCCCACGCCUUCCUCCUGGUCAUACCAGUGGAGCCCUCUAAGGGGGAGGAGAGAGGGGUGCUGGAGAGAAUAGAGGAGAUGUUUGGGGAGGGUUGUUGGGAACACACUGUGAUUCUAUUCACCCAUGAUGAUGGACUGAAAGAGCAGAGCAUUGAGGAGUUUCUCCAAGCAGGAAGUCAGGACCUCCAGCAGCUUGUAGAGAAAAGUGGGAGCAGGUACCACGUCCUCAACAUUAAGGACAGGGCCCAUGGCACUCAGGUAUCAGAGCUGCUGGAUCAGGUAGAGGAGAUGGUGGCAGGAAACAGAGAGAGAUUCUACAGCAGUCAGACCUACCAGGAGGCAGAGGACCAGGUUAGAGAGAUGGAGGGAAAGAUCCAGAGAGAGAGAGGAGAGAGGAAACAGAGGGAGGAGAGAGACUUGAGAGAGAGGCUUCAGAAGGAGUUGCAGGACUCUCUGAUAAAGAUAGAGGGAGUGAUCCAGGAACAUGAGGGAGAUAUCAGAACACUCAGUGAAAGAACCAGUGAACUGGAGAGACAGGUGAAAGAAGAGAGGGAUGAGGAGAAGAAAAGAGAGCUGGAGAGGGAGCUGAAGAGGGAGUCUGAUAGGAGGGAGGAGAUGGAGAGAAAGCUGGAGAGAUUUAGAGAGAAGAGAGAGAAUGAGAGGAAGGAGAUGGAGGAGAGACACAGACAGGAGAUGGAGAACUAUGAAGGAGAAGCCAGAGUUGAAGCAGAAAGAAACCUGAUGAAGAUUGUCCUGCCUGAGUUACAGAGGAACAUCAUGAUCUCACAGACAAAGAUGCAGAGGGAGUUCAGCAGACAGAUGGAGGAGAAGAAUAGAGAGAUGGGGAGACUAAGACAGAACUUGAAAGAAGUCAUGGAAGCUCACUCAGUGUUGCAGAAGAGACUGGAACGAGAGGGGAGAGGUCAGAGGGCACUGAUAGGGUUGUUGGGCUGGGUCAGGAGAAACUCAUCAAGUUGGCUUCUCCACAAUCUGAUGUGAUUCUGUCUAUGUGUAGAACCAGACCAGGUCUACUGUCCACUGUACCGUGGGGGGUGAUCAUGGAUCAUGGUGGUCAUGGGGAAAACAGGACAGAAUAAUGUCUGGUCCAGUCUACAGUGUCAAGAGAAGGAGGGGAGGGAGGUCUGUAAAGAUCUUGAUGAGACGUAAAACAGAAUUCCAAACCAACGUAGAUUAUUGACCUUUAGAAUGGAGAGGGUUGUGGGGGGUCAGGAGGUCAGUGGGCGGAGUCAUAGACUGAGAACUCUAGAGAUCUGAGUGAGACUUUUACUCAGUGUUUGGGGAGGUCUUCUAUUGAACAGAGAACCAUACUCUAUCUACCACACACUACUUCCUGUUCUUAAUCAAAUUGUUUCAUGUUGAAACUAAAUGUACACUGAGUGCACAAAACAUUAAGAACACCUUCCUAAAGUUGAGUUACUAUCUAUCCCAAUGGAACUCUGAUACCACAUGAGACUGACAUUGUUGAAAUAAAGAAAUGUCACUUUGUAAGA